AUGCCGGCGGCAGCACCCCAGGAACUGAGGGGGGCCGCCUCCGCGGAACCCGCCGUGGCCGCCGGAAGCCCCGGGAUCCUCCCGCGCGGCGCCCGCUUGCUGGGGCCCGCGGCGCGGCCCGACGGGGUGCGCGGCUCCCGGCUCGGGAGUGCGCCGCGCGGCCCGGGGAGGUGCAAGGCCGGGCUUCGGUUUUGGUUUCAAGCCGAAAGCAGCGGCGGCGCCCGCCCGGCGCAGCGCAGGUCGGAGAGAGGCAGCGCGCAGGCCGAGACGCUCGCGGGCCCGGCUCGCCGCAGCCCAGGAGGCGGCUGCCAACAGCUGCGCCGCGGAGCGGGCGGGGCGGGGGCGGAGCGGUCCUGUGCCCGCGGCGGCCCGGCCCCCGCGAGCCCCCGCGAGCCGCGGCUCGCCCGGCGGACCCCGCCGAGGCUCGACCUCCGCGGGCCACGCCGCGCUCCCGCCGCUCGCUGCAGACCCCGCGGCCGCCCGGGAACGCGGCCGUGCGCCGAGGCCGCCCGCUGGCCACUCCGCAGGCGCGCGCUGCGGCCGCCGCGCCCUGGGCGCGCGCUCACGGCAAUCGUAGCGCAGUGGGACAAGUUCUUGCACGACGCGUGUGCCGAGAUCUGUGCCCACGAGCGCCUUCCGCCCCGGUACGAAGAGAAUCCAUCAUCCAAGUACUUCAAGCACAGGAACAGGCUGAAGCGGCCCUGCCCCCUGAACAGCCGGCGGUGGAGAUUUGUGGAAAAGGGGCUGGAUGACUUCAGGAACGGUUGCCUGUCUCACCGAGGUCUCAUCAUUAGGGGCCCUGAGGAGGGCUCUCUCCCCCAGAUUCCUCACAGAGCUCCCCAAUCUACCCCAAAGAAGGGGCAAAAGGCACCUGUGAAGGAAGCAACCCUGUUUCCCAAGCUCUCACAAGCCCAGCAGGCACGGAAAGCAUUCCUGGAGGACGUGGAAGCCCAGCUGACCCGGCACCCCUUGGCUCUCUACCCGAAUCUGGAAGAAGAUAUGCCUGCAGAGCUCUUAUUAAAGGUGCUGGAAGUGCUGGAUCCAGACAGGAAACUGGAGGACACAUGGGCUUCUUGUCAGAGCACCAAGAAAAUAUUGAAGGAACCCACAAAACUUUUAAAAAAAUGUCCUACCCAAGUCUACCUGGGACCCCCCAAGAAGACUUCUGUGCCACAUCCAGGACAAUGGCUUUAUAAAGAGAAAAAGACCAAUGAAACAGAUUUGCUCCAUGAAAAUGGUUCUCUGCUUCAUAAAAAUGUACGCCAAGUUGUUCAUGACUUCUGCCACUGGGCCACUGACUUUGGUUGUUUGAAUAUUGAUGAGGAGUUUAUCCUGAAACAGUUCAACAUUGACUAUCAGAGCAAAACAAGCUGUGAUGUGCUCCGCACGAUGAGACUGAACCAGGUUCCUCUGGAGCUAAAGAAGACUGUAGGGCUAAAUAAACUGCAGGAGCCAGAGAUUUUCCAUAAACUACACUGUGAGCAGAAACUACAGAAUCCCUAUAAGCCAAAGUGGGUGAAAAUGAGAUAUGGAGCUUGGUAUCUGAACCCCAAGUUGUGGAAAAAGCAGAGAGCAGAUGAACCCUUGGUUGACCCUAAGAUCUCACAGAAAGCUCAAGAUGAGAAUUUUAAAAAGGAGCUGCAGGAGCAGGAGGAGUUACUUGCGGACCUUCAUGGAACAGCUGCUUUUAAAGAUUUCGUUCUAUGCAGGGGCUACCGGAUGCCGAAUGUGAGUAAAGCAUGGUUUCAGAAAAGCCAACGGAGGGACCCACCAGCCGUGAUGGGAGGAGUCAGCACCCCAGCAAAGUAAAACACUUCCCUUACAGGCUUAUGCCAGAACUCAGCUCACUGGAAGAAGGGCGUUCUUUUCCCUAAACAGGAGCCCAGAGUGACACCAAAGUGAAAGGGAUCUACAUGUAGGAGAUGUGGCCUUCAAAUUGCCUACUUUUAAUUCUCGAUUCCUUGAGAAGAUAACUAUCAG